UUAUCAAGUACCAGUUGGUCAAAGCGCUGGUUGUGGUGCGGGUAGUUGUGGUAGUGGUGGUGGUAGCUAUGCAAAACCAUCACCACAAAUACCACCAGCACCACCAAGCAUUGGAGCAGGUGGCGCUUAUUUGCAACAACCAUACGCUCCUAUCAGUAGUGGAGGAGGAUUUCCUGCUAGUGCUGGCGCAUUCUAUCAAACUGCUCAAAUUAGUCCUCCUGGUGCUGGCGCAGCUUAUCAACCUGCUCAAUUUAAUCCUCCUAGUGGUGGCGCAGCUUAUCAACCUGCUCAAAUUAACCCUCCUAGUGGUGGCGCAGCUUAUCAACCUGCUCAAAUUAACCCUCCUAGUGGUGGCGCACUCUAUCAACCUGCUCAAGUGAAUCCUCCUAGUGGUGGCGGUCUUUAUUCAGGUGGUGAUAGAGGAGCAGUUGGUAAUAUUCCUAACGAAUAUGGUUCAGGUAUUGAUAAUAGUGCAAAAGAAAUACCUCCAGCAAAUAUUGCUCCACCGUCACCAGAACUACCACAACCACUUCCAGAACAGCAAAGCUAUGUUGAUAAGUCGAUGAUUAGUAGAGAAUUGUUGAUGCCUGUUGCUUCACUGGUUGACGACAGUCAUGCUACUGAAGCAAAACAAGAUUUGAAAUCGAAUCAACAACCAAUUGGUGAAAAUGCUUAUGAGGAUGUUAGCGAUAACGAAGUUGUACCACAACAAUCACAACAACAACCGCAACAACAAGAGCAACAACAACAACCGCAACAACAAGAACAACAACAACCGCAACAACUAGAACAACAACCGCAGCAGCAACAUCAACAACAACAAUCGCAACAAUACGAACAACAACCGCAACAACAACAACAACCGCAACACCAAGAACAACAACAACAACCGCAACACCAAGAACAACAACAGCAACCGCAACAACAACAACAAUCGCAACAAUACGAACAACAACCGCAACAACAACAACAACAAUCGCAACAAUAUGAACAACAACCGCAACAACAACAGCCGCAACAACAAGAACAACAGCAACAACCGCAACAACAGGAACAACAACAACAACCGCAACAAUACGAACAACAACCGCAACAACCGCAGCACCAAGAACAACAACAACAACCGCAACACCAAGAACAACAACAGCAACCGCAACACCAUGAACAACAACAACAGCAACAAUACGAACAACAACAAUCGCAACAACAACAGCAAUCGCAACAAUACGAACAGCAACCGCAACAACAACAACAACAACAACAACCGCAACAACAAGAACAACAACAACAACAACAACAAUACGACCAACAACCACAACAGCAACAACAACAACAACCGCACCAACAAGAACAACCGCACCAACAAGAGCAACAGCAACAAUACGAGCAACAACAAGCGAGUGCAGAGAAAGAUCAAGCGAAUGCUUAUGGAAGUGAUAAGGAUAAUGAUAAUAUAGCACCUGCAACAACUGAGAGCAGCGCAAUGCUGAAUAAAUAUGAGCAACUUGGAUCCGGAACUUCACAUAAUGAAGGAGCAAGUUACGAAAAUAAAGUUAGUUCUCAAGGUGAAAUUUCUACACAGCAACCAGGAGCAGAAUCAACCAUUUCGGUAACUAUGCAAUCAUUUGAGUUCAAACCAAUGGAAUCUAAAAAGCUAGAAGAAGAAAAGAGUGAUAAAGGAGCUGAAAUAAUUAACGGAUACGAUGGAAACAGUGAAAAUACACUGAUCGAAUCACGAAGUAUUGAAAUAGAUGAUUCAACAUGUAAUGAUCCAUCUUUAAAAGCUAUUGUUGAGGCAUCACUAAGCGAGCAUCGUGAUAAUUUGGAUGCAGCACGAAGUAUCGAAAGUAAAGCAUCGAGACAUUUUCGUGGACGAUUUAAUUCUAUUGUUUCUGAUUCCGAAUUUGCAUAUGUAAAUUGGUAUGGUAAACGUAAUUGCCAAUUACAACUUAAUGGAAGGCAUUCAUUGACAUGGGAGGAUUAA